UGACGUUGUGUGUGCAUGGAAGAGAGUUGCAAAGGCCGGUACUUGAAGAUUGUGGAUAGCAUUUGCACUUGGGACAUAUUUUGGCAAACUUGAGAAUUUCUUUCAAGUGCAUUUCUGGUUACCUUUUAUUAUAGAGUCGUCCACGAUACAGACAUAUCAUAAUUGGUGCUAAUCGACUGCAUAAGAGGUAUCGACGUAAGAAGAUCGGAGCCGAUUCGAUUGUCAUUGACAGUGGAAAGCAUAUUCAUGAUACUUCAACCUCUCAAAAGAGAUACUCUUUUGCAGCCGAGCUGAAAGAUACUGGAGUCAGGUGGUGGCUUGAAGGGUUCCAAACGAAGGCGCUUCGAAGGAUGUCAAACCUUCCAUUGAUGGAUGAUGCAGCUUCUAAGUUUGCUGAAGCCUUCAAACAGGAGGGACGAAAGCAGGAUGUUCUUGAUUCUGAGUUGGAGAAUCAGGCCCAAUUGGCUAACAAGGAUAUGGACGAAAGUUUCGUAGAUUCUGAAAUGCCAGAUUGCUUGGCUGGUGAGGCAGAGAAAUUAAAACGUGACGCUUUCAUUGAUGGAACAAAUACUCCAGUAACUGGCAGUUGCUCAGAUGCCACAAUUGCAGCUUCUAAGUUUGCCGAAGCCUUCAAACAGGAGGGACGAAAGCAGGAUGUUCUUGAUUCUGAGUUGGAGAAUCAGGCCCAAUCGGCUAACAAGGAUAUGGACGAAAGUUUCGUAGAUUCUGAAAUGCCAGAUUGCUUGGCUGGUGAGGCAGAGAAAAUAAAACGUGACGCUUUCAGUGAUGGAACAAAUACUCCAGUAACUGGCAGUUGCUCAGAUGCCACACUUGCAGCUUCUAAGUUUGCCGAAGCCUUCAAACAGGAGGGACGAAAGCAGGAUGUUCUUGAUUCUGAGUUGGAGAAUCAGGCCCAAUCGGCUAACAAGGAUAUGGACGAAAGUUUCGUAGAUUCUGAAAUGCCAGAUUGCUUGGCUGGUGAGGCAGAGAAAAUAAAACGUGACGCUUUCAGUGAUGGAACAAAUACUCCAGUAACUGGCAGUUGCUCAGAUGCCACACUUGCAGCUUCUAAGUUUGCCGAAGCCUUCAAACAGGAGGGACGAAAGCAGGAUGUUCUUGAUUCUGAGUUGGAGAAUCAGGCCCAAUCGGCUAACAAGGAUAUGGACGAAACUUGCGUAGAUUCUGAAAUGCCAGAUUGCUUGGUUGGUGAGGCAGAGAAAAUCAAACGUGACGCUUUCAUUGAUGGAACAAAUACUCCAGUAACUGGCAGUUGCUCAGAUGCCACAAUUGCAGCUUCUAAGUUUGCCGAAGCCUUCAAACAGGAGGGACGAAAGCAGGAUGUUCUUGAUUCUGAGUUGGAGAAUCAGGCCCAAUCGGCUAACAAGGAUAUGGACGAAAGUUUCGUAGAUUCUGAAAUGCCAGAUUGCUUGGUUGGUGAGGCAGAGAAAAUAAAACGUGACGCUUUCAGUGAUGGAACAAAUACUCCAGUAACUGGCAGUUGCUCAGAUGCCACACUUGCAGCUUCUAAGUUUGCCGAAGCCUUCAAACAGGAGGGACGAAAGCAGGAUGUUCUUGAUUCUGAGUUGGAGAAUCAGGCCCAAUCGGCUAACAAGGAUAUGGACGAAAGUCUCGUAGAUUCUGAAAUGCCAGAUUGCUUGGCUGGUGAGGCAGAGAAAAUAAAACGUGACGCUUUCAGUGAUGGAACAAAUACUCCAGUAACUGGCAGUUGCUCAGAUGCCACACUUGCAGCUUCUAAGUUUGCCGAAGCCUUCAAACAGGAGGGACGAAGGCAGAAAAUUCUUGAUUCUGAGUUGGAGAAUCAGGCCCAAUCGGCUAACAAGGAUAUGGACGAAAGUUUCGUAGAUUCUGAAAUGCCAGAUUGCUUGGUUGGUGAGGCAGAGAAAAUAAAACGUGACGCUUUCAGUGAUGGAACAAAUACUCCAGUAACUGGCAGUUGCUCAGAUGCCACACUUGCAGCUUCUAAGUUUGCCGAAGCCUUCAAACAGGAGGGACGAAAGCAGGAUGUUCUUGAUUCUGAGUUGGAGAAUCAGGCCCAAUCGGCUAACAAGGAUAUGGACGAAAGUUUCGUAGAUUCUGAAAUGCCAGAUUGCUUGGCUGGUGAGGCAGAGAAAAUAAAACGUGACGCUUUCAGUGAUGGAACAAAUACUCCAGUAACUGGCAGUUGCUCAGAUGCCACACUUCGCUGCAAACAGCGGAGAUUCCAUUCAACGAAGCAUUUUCUUGUAUACAAAGGUGCACUCCAGAAACAAUUACAGGAGAUUUGGAGCAAGCGCGAUAGAAGUCAAGAGUUUAAAAUUCUAAGUGUUGAACAUCUAACUCCGGAACCAGAUCUCGAUAUCGAGGUCCUCAUCGCUGGAAGCCAAGCAACCUCAUUCAACCCAGGUGUAAUACGAUUAGAUCUGUGGGGCACGGACAUUUACACGGACGAUUCUGAUAUAGUUGCCGUUCUCAAGCACACAGGCUUUUAUGAUCUUCAAAGCAGUACUUCUGAUGUAUUUUCGUUGAGAGCGUCCAUACGUCUCCUUCCCCCAUUACCAUCUUAUGUUGGCACGACGAGGAAUCAUAUAAGAUCUCGACGAUGGGGAGGUGGAAGUACAUGCAGCUUCAUUGUUGUCUGUUGUCAUAUUGAGACACUCAAUUUAAACGACACUUUUAGCGUAGAGAGAUCACUGGAACCUACCAAUAGAAUCGGGAACUAUGGACCGACACUUGUUCCUACAUCUGGUGGAAUUCCGGAGACAUCUAGGAGGUCUGCACUCAACUUGCAGCAAGCUUCUGUAAUCUUCCGCUACGACCUUAGCAACGAGCCCUGUGAUGCGUACACAAUGGCUUACGUUGCUGACAAAUACAAUGAUGUUGAGAAGGUGAAAGUCCAAUUUACGUCUGCACGUAUCAGUCAAGGUGAAGUGUUGUACGUGGAAACUCUGGCUAAUCGAUACGAGCUUUCAUAUGAAGUGGAUUCCUCGACUAAGAUCUCAAAGUACAGUUCUGAAUUGGAGAACGAAGGAAGGACCUCUGCUCAAGUCAAAGCUUCAAGUGAGAAUCCAUGUCAAACAUCCCAUGAUCGGAAACUAGAUGUUCAUCUUCCUCGUAACAAAUACAGAUGGGCACGAUGCAAAUUGCACUUGCCCCUAAACAAUAUGCGGUCGGAAGGAGUACCACUACCGUUGCAUUUGAAACAGGUGGUGGAAUCCAACUUAAAUUGGGAAGAUUUUCGGUGGUCGCCGACGGGUGUUUGGGUGAGAAACAAAGAGUAUCUUCUCAAAACGGCCAGGUUCGUGACCGUAACAGAGUCUGCUGAGAAAUCUAUGCUACAAACUUAAUGCUCAAGACAUGAGAUUAUGUUAUGCAACGAUUUCAAUCUACGAUGUUCCAGAGAACAGUGAAUGUAUUCUCUGCACAGUUAUGUUCGUUAUACCUCAUACAACAGAAGCCUACUAUAUAAUUGAACUUAUAUAAACCUACUAUGUAAUGGCGAACUUAUACCAUCAUCUUU